AUUGUUAUGUGGGCUGGCUGCAAAAGGUAACGGUCACGUCUAAGCCUUGAUUCUUGGAAUGAUGGUCGGGGUAUGGAGGAAGGUUGUUGUAAUGUAUGUGGUUUGUUUACAUACCUAUCAAUCGAUAGUAUCAUUGGAGGAAACUAUGAGUAGAUAGACUGGGUAUGCAAUCCUGUAGCACAUAGAAUACGAAUCGGUUAGUCACAUAUAUAGGCUUCUCUCAAGAUGAACAAGUUUAUAAAUUGGUGACUUUGUGCCAACAAGCACUUCUUGUAAGUGAAGAAUCUAGUUCUUGUCAUGUAAUCCAUAUAAACUGUGAUUCUGUGAAACUUUUUGGCAUGUAAAAUCUAUAUGAAUUGCAGCAUUUGUAACUAUGAAAUGAUUCGAUGACACAGCAGCAAACAAGGUAUUAAAGAUCUAGAGAAAGAUAUUUGGAUUCGUAUGAAAACUGGUUCGAUAAAAAUCUUCUGUUUUUCUAAUCUGUGCUAUCGAAAAUCUUCUGUAACUAUUAACAAUGUUACAAUGUGACAACUGUUAUUGUGAUUGUUAAGUUAAAACUUCAUUUUAUUAGUAAUCAAAUUCUAUAUUGUUUGAAGGGGCCGACUCAUGUCUAAGACUCUAAAUCACUUUUCUCAUUCUAUAAAUAAAAUGAACAUUAAGGUUUUUUUUUUCCUAAAAGAAGAGAUAUCAUUGUGUCAUGGUUAUUAUUAGGGUAACCCAUUAAGGAAUUAGACAGCCUAGUGAAGUAAAUUUCUGGUGGUUUCACAUUUGCCUUUAAAGAUACCACUGCAAUGUUCUCUGCAUGGUAUUUGGUCCAGUAGGGAAAGAGCCUACGCCAGAUUAAAUGAAUAUUACUGGUAGCUUGAAGAAUGGAAAGUUCAUUAUUAAUUUUAUAAACUCCAAAAAGGUGUUGAGUUUGAUGUUUGAUACAUAAUACAUUAGAGUUGAAUGAAAUUGGAUACAUGAUUGCUAUGUAAUGGCAUUACAACUAGCUAGCUAGCCAACAAUGUAAUAAUUUUGGAUACAUAUAUUGUAAUGAAAUUGGAUUUAUUACAAUAUAUGUGUGCAUUACUAUUACUGAUACUUAAGUACGUCAUUCAAAUCCUUAACGUUGUCUUUGAGCAAUUGGAAAAUCCUUCGUUCCCACUAGUGGCCAAAACCUACAUAUUGUAAUAUCCGAUAUUCCUUUCUAUCGAUCACUUCUAUGCUAAUCCUCUAUAUCUUUACCUCAGUCUCUCCCCCACUAGUCUUUUACCAAUGCCUGAAAACUUCACCAACAAUGGAUGGAUGUGGCGGUUUAUCUGCAAGUAGUUAAGCUGCAAGUAGUGCAAUACCAGCAACACCAAUCCCCACAUUUAGAUACAUAUUUUUCUGCUGCAGCAUAAAACUAUUGCCUCACCAUGGCUCGGCGCUUGCUGGAAGUGAUGUCUCCAGCAGAACCCUCUCCAUCUAAGCCGCGUUCUCCAGCCUUGUUCUUUUUUCUUGGAGGGAUUAUCUUGCUCAUCGUUCUGCUUAUAAUUGUAUUUAUCUUUCGGAAAAAGAUCAAACCACAAGAGAUCAAGAAGCUGUUAGCAAGAGCCAGGAAGCAGCCAGCAUCAACAGACGCCUUUAGUGGCGUCCUUAGAACAAUAAGCUACUUUGACUUCCCAACAUUGAAGAAGGCAACCAAGAACUUCCAUCAGAACAACUUACUUGGAAGAGGUGGAUUUGGUCCUGUCUAUAGGGGAAAAUUGAAAGAUGGGAGGUCAAUUGCUGUUAAGAGGUUAUCUCUUGAUAAAUCCCAACAAGGAGAAACAGAGUUUCUUGCAGAGGUAAGGUUGAUCACUAGCGUCCAACACAGGAACUUGGUUCAACUUGUUGGAUGUUGCUCACACGGGCCUCAGCGACUCCUGGUAUAUGAAUACAUGAAAAACAAGAGCUUGGACCAUAUAAUAUAUGGAAAGAGUGAUCUGUUCCUGAACUGGAGAACUAGGUUCCAGAUAAUUUUGGGAAUCGCUAGAGGCUUACAAUAUCUACAUGAGGAUUCCCCACUAAGAAUUAUCCACCGAGAUAUCAAGGCGAGCAACAUUCUUCUUGAUGAAAAAUUUCAACCAAGGAUUGGUGAUUUUGGGCUAGCUAGGUUCUUCCCUGAAGACCAAGCUUAUCUCAGUACAACAUUUGCGGGAACUCUAGGAUAUACAGCACCUGAAUAUGCUAUCAGAGGAGAAUUGUCUGAAAAGGCGGAUAUAUAUAGUUUUGGAGUUCUUGUGCUUGAAAUAAUUAGUGGCAGGAAAAACACAGAUCUUAACCUAGAAUCAGAAAUGCAAUACCUGCCUGAAUACGCGUGGAAGUUAUACGAGAGAUCAAAGGUGACUGAUCUACUUGAUCCGAAACUGCAAGAUGAUGGAUUUGAGGCAAAGGAUAUUAUGCAAGCAAUCAAUGUGGCAUUUUUAUGCCUUCAACCUCAUGCAAAUCUGAGACCCCCGAUGUCAGACAUUGUAGCAAUGUUAACAUGCAAAGUUCAGAUCACCGGAAUACUACCUAUGAAACCGGCCUUUUUGGAGAGAAGACGGACCAAGGAUGAAAACCUUUCGUGGGAUACAAUGUCGGAUGUUUUCCCUUCUCCCGUUCCGAGUGAAUCUCCCUCAUUACAUAAAGAACAUGCUUGAGGGCAACUUCAUGUUCCUGUCAUCCAAAGGAAAAUGAAAUGAUACCUGCAGGCUCUUCUAAUAGGGAUAUCGUAAGAAUAUCUUUAAAUGUAGCUUCACAUGUCACAUACAUAUGUAAUUGUUUAUUUCUUCAUUUGUAGUAGAGGUAAAAUUUUGAGAGGCAUACUGUUGAGGAGCACAGAACUGGGUAUGAUUUGUAUUUUUAUAUAUCACCGGGUGUUUCAGCUU